AUGGAGGAUUCCCAAGCUUUGCACGAAACCCAAUUAGUAUCUGAGACCAAUUACCAGCCCAAACAAAAAGACAUCAUCACUUUCAUGGAUGCUGAAUGGUAUAAUGCUGCAGCUGAAUGGUAUAAUGCUGCAGCUGAAGGCCAAAUUGACAAAUUCAAGGAUUACACAGAGCCUCUAGAUCUUUUGCGUACCCCAAACAAAAAUACAGUCCUACAUGUUUACAUCACAGCAGUAAAAAAGGAAACGGAAGAAUCCAUUGAAUUUGUUAAACUAGUUAUCAGCAAAUGUCCAUCGCUGCUAUCUGAGCCCAACAUCAAAGGCGAAACUCCGCUGCACAUUGCAGCAAGGUUCGGGCACAAAAAUAUAGUUGAAUUUCUUAUUCAUAGCAUCAAGAAGGCUCAAUACGAAGACCUUGAGAGAGGCGCAGAGGCGUCAACAAGUGCUAAGAUGCUGACGAAGACAAGCACAGAUGAAGACACAGCCUUGCAUGAGGCAGUGAGAAAUAAUCAUCUUCAAGUGGUGGAAAUAUUGAUUGGAGAAAAUCCUGAAUUUGCGAACAUAGCUAAUGCCGCCGGAGAAAGCCCACUUCACCUUGCAGCGGUGAGAGAGAACAAUAUCAUUGCCUCUAAGAUAUUGGAGAUAUGUCCCUCACCGGCAUACAGCGGUCCCAAUGGUAAAACAGCUUUGCACGAAGCUGUUAUAAGUAAAGAUGAAGAUUUGAUAGGAAAAAUACUUGAAAAAAACAGUAGUCUGACCAAAGAACAAGACAAAGAAGGAUGUACUCCUCUGCAUUAUGCUUCCUACUUCAAUCUUCUUCAAAUUGUGGAAGUGUUAUUACUAAAAGAUGCCAUUUAA